AUGGAUAUGGAUGAUGGGCAUGGAAUAGAAGCCUGGAUGAGCUUAAGGGAAAAAGACAUGGCAGUGUUUGAUAGGGACCAAGAAUUGUUGGCCUUUGCCAAGUUGUUGUUUGAUGUUUUUGAAUUUGAUUAUGAUGUUUCAUGGUGUACAGAGGGAACCCUUUUGGUGGUAUUGUUUCUGUUGUUAGAUUCUGGCAUGGUUUCUCCUCCAAACUUGAACCUUUUCUUUUGGGUUGGAAGUCUGGGUUUAACUUCUGGGAUCAGGAAAAGUAAUAAAAAGGAUUACUCUACUGCAAUUCUGGAGCGAAAGAAGUCCCCUAACAGACUUAUUGUUGAUGAGGCCACAAAUGAUGAUAAUUCAGUGGUUACGAUGCAUCCUUCCAAGAUGGAAGAACUGCAACUCUUCCGAGGUGAUACCAUUUUGAUUAAGGGAAAGAAGCGGAAAAACACAGUGUGCAUUGUUCUUGUUGAUGAACAAUGUGAAGAAGAGAAAAUCCGAAUGAACAAAGUUGUUCGAGCUAAUCUCAGGGUCCGUUUAUCUGAUGUUGUUUCAGUCCACCAGUGCCCUGAUAUCAAGUAUGGAAAGCGUGUCCACAUCCUUCCAUUUGAUGACUCAGUUGAGGGCCUCACGGGAAACCUGUUUGAUGCGUAUUUGAAGCCAUACUUUCUUGAAGCCUAUAGACCUGUCAGGAAGGGUGAUUGUUUCCAAGUUAGAGGCAUGCGUAGUGUUGAAUUUAAGGUGGUAGAGACAGAUCCUAGUGAAUAUUGUGUUGUUGCACCUGAUACAGAGAUAUUUUGCGAGGGAGAGCCUGUCAGGCGUGAAGAUGAGGAGAAACUGGAUGAAGUCGGAUAUGAUGAUGUUGGUGGGGUGAGGAAGCAAAUGGCCCAGAUCCGUGAGCUUGUAGAGCUUCCUCUGAGACACCCUAAGCUUUUUAAAGCGAUUGGUGUUAAGCCACCAAAGGGUAUUUUGCUUUAUGGACCUGCGGGGUCUGGAAAAACGCUAAUUGCAAGAGCUGUAGCUAAUGAGACUGGUGCAUUUUUCUUCUUGAUCAACGGACCUGAAAUAAUGUCAAAAUUGGCUGGUGAAAGUGAAAGUAACUUGAGAAAGGCCUUUGAGGAGGCUGAAAAUAAUGCGCCGUCCAUCAUAUUCAUUGAUGAGAUAGAUUCCAUUGCACCAAAAAGAGAGAAGACGCAUGGUGAAGUCGAAAGGAGGAUAGUUUCUCAACUUCUGGCCCUGAUGGAUGGCCUUAAGUCUCGAUCUCAUGUCAUUGUCAUGGGGGCAACCAACAGACCUAAUAGCAUUGAUCCUGCACUGAGGAGGUUUGGUAGAUUUGAUAGAGAAAUUGACAUUGGUGUACCUGAUGAAGUUGGAAGACUGGAAGUUUUACGAAUCCAUACGAAGAAAAUGAAACUUUCUGAAGAUGUUGACCUUGAAAGAGUUGCAAAAGAUACACAUGGAUACGUAGGUGCUGAUCUUGCUGCCCUGUGCACUGAGGCUGCUCUUCAGUGCAUCAGGGAGAAAAUGGAUGUAAUUGACCUGGAAGACGAGACAAUUGAUGCUGAGCUAUUGAAUUCAAUGUCCGUUACCAACGACCACUUCCAAACUGCAUUGGGAGCUUCAAAUCCAUCAGCCUUGCGUGAAACUGUUGUGGAGGUACCAAAUGUCUCAUGGGAUGACAUUGGUGGGUUGGACAAUGUCAAGCAGGAGCUUCAGGAGACUGUUCAAUAUCCAGUGGAACAUCCGGAGAAGUUUGAAAAGUUUGGCAUGUCACCUUCUAAAGGCGUUCUAUUUUAUGGUCCUCCUGGUUGUGGCAAGACCUUGCUUGCUAAGGGCAUUGCUAAUGAAUGUCAAGCCAAUUUCGUUAGUGUCAAGGGUCCUGAGUUGCUGACCAUGUGGUUUGGAGAAAGUGAGGCUAAUGUACGUGAGAUAUUCGACAAGGCACGCCAGUCUGCUCCUUGUGUGCUUUUCUUCGAUGAGCUUGAUUCCAUUGCUACUCAGCGUGGCAGCCACAUAGGAGAUGCAGGUGGUGCUGCAGAUAGAGUUCUGAACCAACUGCUGACUGAAAUGGACGGCAUGACAGCCAAGAAAACAGUUUUCAUUAUUGGAGCAACAAACAGGCCUGAUAUUAUUGACCCUGCUUUGCUCAGACCCGGACGUUUGGAUCAGUUGAUCUAUAUCCCGCUUCCAGAUGAAGCUUCACGUCUUCAGAUAUUUAAAGCAUGUUUGAGGAAGUCUCCUGUUUCAAAGGAUGUUAGUCUGUCAGCUCUUGCACGCCAUACUCACGGAUUCAGUGGUGCAGAUAUUACUGAAAUUUGUCAGCGUGCUUGCAAAUAUGCUAUCAGAGAAAAUAUUGAGAAGGAUCUUGAGAAGGAAAGAAAGAAGAGAGACAACCCUGAAGCCAUGGAAGAAGACGACACAGAUGAGGUCUCAGAGAUUAAGCCUGCACACUUUGAGGAGUCGAUGAAAUUUGCCCGUAGAAGUGUCAGUGAUGCAGACAUCAGGAAGUACCAGAGCUUUGCACAGACAUUGCAGCAGUCCCGCGGACUUGGUACUGAGUUUAAGUUUGCAGAACGACCUGCAGCAGCAACAGCUACUGGAGCUUCGGAUCCAUUCUCCAAUGCCAAUGCUGCUGAUGAUGAUGACUUGUAUAGCUGAGGCUUCUAAUUUAUUACAGCGGCUGUUCUGUUCCAACAGCCUUGAGUGGAAUACUUGGCUUUCUUAGUUGUCUUCUGGUCUUUUAAUCUGCUCUGUUGUUCUUUCCCUCUGUAUAAUGAGCUUUCAUUGCUGGAUUGUUUUCUCACAUUUAGGCUGAUGAAU